GGUUAAAUCUAUAGCUAAGGAAAAAAAUCUCACACAUCCCCCCCCAGACUCCAUUAUUCUUUGCAUUUAUCCUGCCGGACAGAAGCAAACGGGAUGUCUUCCCAAGGGCUGGUGACCGACGACCUCUCCAUGGAUGGCAACUUUGCUCCUGACGAUAACUGGUAUAUAUAUGACCAAACAGGGGACCAGGAUGACAUGACUCCUGAGGUUAUCCCAGACUGCCACCCCACCAUCCCUUACGACCUCUACCACGCCUGCAUGGCUCCAGUAUCACUGGCCGUCUUGCUGAUUCUCUCUCUGCUGGUGAAACGGAAGAAACUCUAUAAAAAUUGUUGGGAUGGAGCCCCUGGACUGCUAAGCCCUGUGCAGUUCUUGGAAGAGGAAGGUCACAAGGGGCUGUCUGUGGCAGUUUUUGGCAUCCUCUUCUCCUCCUUAUGCAUCCUGGUUCUGGAUAGCGACCCUCUGCCCUUCAUCACCGGCUCCUCGACCCAGAAUCGAGAGUACUGGAAGAUCAUGGCUUUGCUCUAUUACCCUGCCUUCUACUACCCCUUAAUUGCAUGUGCUACGGUCAGGCACAGAGCUGGGUACUUCUUGGGCUGCCUGCUGUCCUGGUGCCAUUGCGUGGUCCAUCUCUGGCAGAAGGUGGAAUGCCCUCAGUCGCCCAAGAUUUAUAGGUACUAUUCCCUGCUUUCUUAUCUCCCCAUCAUCCUGUGCCUUGUGGUUUUGAGCCUUUGGUAUCCUGCACAGCUUGCCAAGAGCUUCAAAGAGCAAAAGAGGAAGAAAGUGACGGAGGAGCUGCCUGGGAGUGGCUAUUACGAAGACUAUCUGAAGAAUAUCCUGGCAAAAAGGACGCCAAAUAAAAGCAUCAGCAGAGCCAAGCCAAGCCUGCUGUCAAGGAUCCGCUCCUAUGUCUGCUCAUUCCUCUACGCACCUCAGGAAGGCUUCCAAAUCCCUCUGAAGCUGGUUCUCUCCCUCGCCACAUCUGUGAUUGCUGUCUAUCAGGUGGCCCUCCUCCUCCUGGCAGUCUUCGUCCCCAGCAUCCAGAUAGUAAGGUCUGGGAUGACCAAGGAGCUGACUGCACUCUUCAUCCAGUUUGGUAUAGUCCCCUCUGAAAAUCCCGCUGGCAUCCCUGGAGAAAAAGAGUUAGCCACCCUCAAGCACUACAUCUGGUCGCUAGAAGUCUGCUUCGUCUCCUCCCUGGUCGUCUCCUGCCUGCUGACUUUCUGUAUGCUGAUGAAGUCCAUGGGGAAGCACAGGAUCAACCUCCAGCGCCUGUACCGAGGGGCGGUCACAGACGUCUUCCAUUGCUCUCGCAAGCUUCAAGCGUCACAGCAGGCUCUGGUGUGCUGGAUGUGCUUUGCCAGCUUCCAAACUGCAUUUGCCUGCUUAGGUCUGCUCAUCCAGCACAUCGUCUUCUUCGUCUGCACUGUGACUUUCACUUUCCUUGUGGUCAUCCCCCUGCAAUCUGGCAGCAACAUGCUCCUCUUUAAAACCAUGGAGAACAUGUGGCCUUUCUGGUUGACCUUGGUGCUGGUUGUGGUUGCACAGAACCUGCUGACUCACUACUAUUUUCUGGAGCGUGACCGCCUCCCUAGGGAGCUGACCAACAGACGGGCGCUAUACAUUGUGACCUUCUUGCUGUUCCCCAUCAAUGUGCUCGUGGGGGUCUUGGCAGGUGUCUGGAGGAUGGUGGGGUCUGCACUGUACAAUGUUGUCCACUUCUGCCGGCUGGAUGUGAGCAUGCUUGGCCACGGCGUGGAAGUCUUUGAUCCAGGCUACCGGACUUAUUGCCAUUACUUGAAGAUUGAGGUCAGCCAGUCGCACCCCGUGAUGAAAGCCUUCUGCUUCCUGCUCCUCCAGGUGUGCACAAAGGGAUCCCAGUCAAGAGAUGUGGAAGAAGGAGUCAAGCUCAUGAAGACCAAGGCGUUUUCAUCGAAAGGGUCCAAGGGCAAGCGCAGCCAUGCGCGGUGGUUCUUGGCCUACACCUUGCUCAACAACCCCUCCCUCCUGCCUUACCGAAAGGGGGCUCUCUCGGACUCCACCGCCAACGGGAUGCAGGCCAACCCGGCGAAACCUUAGCCAUCCAGGCCAAAGCUUCUUGGAAAUGAUGGACUCCGCCAGUGAGAAGAAUGAAUCCCCUGUGCAUUCUUCACCGCCCCAAUCCCUGUGUCGUCCUUCUCCCAUGCGCUCCAUGUGCCUCUCCCAUAGUCUCCUCAAGAGGCUGCA